UUAUUUUAUAGACGAAAUUUGUUAAUUUAAAAUGGUCCAGGAAAGUAAAUUGAAAAUUCUUUUCUUGUUUUGGUUGAAACUGGCGUUUGUUGUAUGUUGUUGCGUUCCAGACCAAUGGGAAGGACGAUUGGCAAUAAAAUUUGGAGAAAUUGAAGAUGGCCGACUUAGUGCUGGUUGGGAGUUUUACAAUAUGUCUUUUGAUGCCACCAAUCAGAAAGUCGCUUAUGUUGGUCAUAUUGGAGUCGACGAAUCAGAAUGGUAUGAACAGGUGUUACAGGAUUAUUCAAAGGGCAAACAAUAUGCAGUUAAAGCUGGAACUUGCAAGAUAACACCAUUAGAAGGAAACGUAACGACAUGCAUCCCAUCUAACGCUAAGAUGUUACUAUCCUCAUACUUUGGUUUUGGGCAGGACAAAUUAAGUGUCAAUUUCUACCAGUUCUCAUUGAAUCAAACAUCGAUAGAAAUAUCUGUUGUGAAGGAAAGCUGUGUACCAGUAACCCAGCACGUAGAGACACAGACUGCAGUUGGCGAAAUGCAUUACAUAGGGGUUGCGGCAGGAAUUAGUAAUAAAAAAAUCUUCGACAUCCCAUUAUCCUGUCAGAAUCGAACACAAUCUUCAGUGGAUACAUCAAUCAAGUGGGUUAACAAACGACGAAACUCAUUUAGCUCAGUAUGGUGGUGAUAUCCAGUUCAUUUUUAUGCGGAAUAGAAGCAUGUAUUUUAAUUCCUAUCCACAUAAUGCCAAAGUUGACUUUCAGAUACUUUAUAAUAUUUAU